AUGGCUACCACGCCAACGACGGACCCCAUGGCAACCAGCACAAGCCCUCCGAAACAUGGAAUCAAGGAGAAGGCUAAGGCCGCUCUCCACAAGGUGACCCACCCCUUCAGCAGCAAGGAUGAGAAGAAGGAGCAAUCUGCUGCAGGAGUCGCGCAUGAUGAGCAGGCUGCAGCAGCAAAGGCCCAGGGAAAUACUGGAGAGUCCAAGACCAAGCAAGUUGUGAACAAGAUGGCGCACCCUCUCCAGAGCAACAAGGACGAGAAGAAGUCUCCCCUGGGAGCAGAAACGAGAACCACUACAUCCCCUCAGGUCGGCCUCCACCCUGCUUCGAAUACCCUCACGAAUACAAUUGACCCGAUGUACACGGCUCCCAUGAUGACGUCAGACCCUUCUUGCGGCAUCACUGCUGGACACGGCAGCUGCCACCACAGCCACGGCCACAGUGGAGGCGCCCUCGGCGGCCUUGGCAGCGGCUCGUUCGGCGAUGGAGGCAACUCUGGAGGGGGCACCGAUGUGGGGGGGAACCAGGUGUCCGGAGGUGGCGACUCUGGGAGCGGACUCGUGCCCCCCACUGGAGAUGACGGAGGGGGCCUCUCUUCUGGCGGCAUGGAUACGUCAGGCGGUGGCUCAGGCUUUGGCGGUGACUCUUCUGGCGGAGCGGGAGGUGGCUUUUCUGGGGGCGACACGUCUGGCGGUACCGGGGGUGGCUUCUCUGGGGGUGACACCUCUGGCGGGGGAGGUGGUUUCUCUGGAGGAGACACGUCCGGUGGAGGCGGCUUCUCUGGCGGCGGCGAUUGUGGGGGCAGCUCAACUACCACUUGCUAG